CCAUCGUUCGUCGUUAUGUGUUCCUCGUUCGUUUCCGUUUCUAACAACAAACGAAUUCUCACAACCUUGUACAACAAUCUCCAAACACCUCGGAACCCACAUUCCCCUCUUCGUUUCCUCAAAAUCCUCGAAACUCAUCAUCAACGAUUCCUUCACUCACACCAUGAUUCACCAUCACAUGCUUCGUUUAUCCAAAACCUUCUCAAAUUCCGUAGAGACAAACCCACAGAACAAAUCGAACGAGCUCUUAACCUCACUGGAAUUCACCCCAACAACAACCUUGUCCUCCAAGUUUUGCAACGGCAUCGUUCCGAUUGGAAACCAGCGUUUAUAUUCUUCAAAUGGGUCUCCAAAACCAACAACUACACACCCAGUUGCGAAGUGUACAACGAGAUUAUCAACAUUCUCGGUAAAAUGAAGUGUUUCGAAGAGUUACACCAAGUGCUUGAUGAAAUGUCGCAAAGAAAAGAAUUUAUUAAUGAAGAAACAUUUUGCAUUUUAAUUCGUAGGUUUGUGGCUGCACAUAAACUGGAGGAAGCUAUUAACAUUUUCUACAGAAGGGAAGAGUUUGGAUUGGAUAAUGAGCUUGAUUCGGAAGCUUUUCGGACUCUUUUGAUGUGGAUGUGUAGAUACAAGCAUAUCGAAGAAGCUGAAACUUUGUUUCAUAGGAAUUUGAAUAAGUUUGGGUUUUGUCGUGAUAUAAAGACGUGGAACGUGAUUCUUAAUGGUUGGUGUGUUUUAGGGAAUACACAUGAAGCGAAGAGGUUGUGGAAAGAUAUAAUUGCGUAUAAAUGUAAGCCUGAUAUUUUCACAUAUGCAACUUUUAUUAAGGCGAUGACUAAGAAAGGGAAAUUGGGAACUGCUUUGAAGUUGUUCAAUGGGAUGUGGAAAGAGGAGAGUUGUAAACCUGAUGUUGUGAUAUGCAAUUGUUUGAUUGAUGGUCUUUGUUUCAAGAAGAGGAUUCCUGAGGCAUUGUAGGUUUUUCAUGAUAUGAAGGAACGGGAUUGUUUACCGAAUGUAGCUACUUAUAACUCAUUGAUUAAGCAUCUUUGUAAGAUAAGGCGAAUGGAGAAGGUUUAUGAAUUGGUAGAGGAUAUGGAGAGGAGGAGCGGGGAUUGUUUGCCUAAUGGUGUUACUUAUAGUUACUUGCUACAGUCGUUGAAGGCACCGGAAGAAGUUCCCGCAGUUUUGGAGAGGAUGGAGAGAAAUGGAUGUGCAAUGAGCGAUGAUAUCUGCAAUUUGGUCUUGAGAUUGUAUAUGAAAUGGGAUGAUCUUGAUGGAUUGAGAAAAACAUGGGAUGAAAUGGAGAGGAAUGGAUUGGGACCGGACAGACGUUCGUAUACCAUUAUGAUUCAUGGACACUAUGAAAAUGGGAGGACAAAGGAUGCUAUGCGUUACUUCCGGGAGAUGACAUCUAAAGGGAUAGUUCUGGAGCCAAGAACUGAGAAACUAGUGAUUUCCAUGAACGGUCAGUUGAAGGAGAGAACAGAAAAACAAGAAGGAGUUGAAAUAGAGGCAUCUAAUGUUUGAGGUAUUAGAAUGUUGGUCCAAUUAAAAGAGUUGUUCAAUGUUUUAUGCAUAUUUGUAGUUAUAAUUGGCAGCUAGAGUUUUGUUGAACUACAUUUAAACGAUCUAGAAAUUGCUAGGACUUGAAACAUGGGUAAAGCACCAGAGUGGGAAACAAUUGUAGCCUGCAAUUUAUAUACCCUGAAACAUUAAUCGUGCAGGUUCAUGUAACAUCAAUAGUUAUUUAUGUUGAAAAAAUCAGUCAAAAUACUUGAUCAAUGAUUGAACAAUAAA